AUGCGAAUAGAUGGUAUGCGAGCGGCCGGGAUAGGACGCUUCAGUCAGUCGAGUUGUUACGUUACGUUCGAUUGUCGACCCCGAGCCGUCGUGUUGCAUUUACUGCUCUUCUUAUUAUUACUACCGGCCGCUAAUUCGCUAACUUACUUUGUUGGAACUUCGGUGAAGCAAAUGGGUCCCGCUGAUGCGACGCAAGACGAGCCGUUUCUCUCAAAAGAUGACAAACACACGAUCGUCAUGUUCUGUCGUUCCGCCCUUUCGAAUGCUCUUAUUCGUGAAAAGAUCAAGGACCCGCUGGAGCUGCGGCGAAUCUGUGGCACCCUGAUCCGAGAGUUCAAGAGGCAACGAGAUUUUGAAGGAGAGACGCCAGUUUCGUUCUGA